AUGGCGCUGACACGGUUCGAACGGUUCCUGGCCUCGGUACUGCGGGGAGCGGUCGGGAUGCUGUUUGCCGUCUUCCAGCUGCUCGCUCAGCGGCGGGGAGCCGACAGGUCGGUAACCAGUGUGGAGGUGGUACAGACCUACAUAGACCGCAUCCAAGAGAUUAACCCCCUCAUCAAUGCCAUGGUCAAGGACAGGUUUUCAUUGGCCCUGCAGGAGGCAGCCCAGGUGGAUAAGCUGAUAGAGGAGGAGACAGGAGGAGAGGAUGUUCUGGAGGACAGGCUUCCUCUACUGGGUGUCCUUUCACUGUCAAAGAGGCCUUCUCCUCCAGGGAGGGGAGGGCAGUAUUUUGGGGGCGGUGGUUCCGUGAUAGGGGUUGGCUCUGAUGUUGGGGGCAGUAUUCGCAUCCCAGCAUUCUUCAACGGCAUCUUCGGCCACAAGCCAACAUCAGUUCCCCCAGCCUCGGGGCAGCAGCCUGGUUUCCUAUGUACAGGCCCAAUGUGUCGCUACGCCCAGGACCUGCUGCCAAUGCUCAGAGUUAUGGGAGGAGCCAACGCUGACAGGUUGUCUCUGUCGUCUGAGGUGGAUCUGAAGAGACUACGGUUCUUCUCUGUUCCUCACGAUGGAGGCUCUCCUCUGGUGUCUCCUGUCGACCAGCAGCUAGUCCUGGCUCAGAGGAGGGUGGUAGAGCGUCUGGAGGCAGACCUGGGGGUCAAAGUUCAGCAGCUGAAGAUUCCUCAGCUCAAAUACUCCUUCCAGAUCUGGAGUGCGAUGAUGGGAGCCCCGGGGAAGGAUGGAAAGCAGCCCACAUCGUUUGCAGAGCUGAUGUCUGACCAUGGGAAGAAGGUGUGGCCUCUAUGGGAGAUGGCUAAGUGGACUGUGGGACUCUCCAAGCACACCGUGGCUGCUAUAGGUCUGGUCCUGGUAGAGAUGUUCCAGAGGUCCCAGCCCACCCAGUUCAUCCUGCAGCAGAAGGAGUCUCUCCAGAAGGACCUGGAGGAACUGUUGGGGACAGACGGGGUGCUGCUCUACCCCUCUCACCCGCACCUCGCCCCCAAACACCACCAUCCCCUCUUCACCCCCUUCAACUUCUCCUACACUGGUAUCUUUAACAUUCUGGGCCUUCCGGUGACCCAGUGUCCGUUGGGGCUGAGCGCGGAGGGUUUACCCUUGGGACUGCAGCUGGUGGUGGGGAAGCAGCAGGACCGUCUCUCCCUGGCCACCGCUGUGUUCCUGGAGAAGACCUUCGGCGGUUGGAGAGACCCGGGAGCAUCGCCACGGCCACCACCCAGCUAG